AUGCCUGUGCAUGUUUCGGAAGUGGACGGUACCGGACAUUCAGAAGAAACACGCCUCGUUAAGACUGAGUCUGGACUCUUGGCUCAGAGUUAUAAAGGAGGCUACUUGUGUUACCGAAGUAAAUCCCAUGACGUUAGUAAUAUUUUCUCGCAAAAAGAAGUAGACAAAGAUAUCUCGCAAACCGGAAGAUAA